AUGUGCUGCCAGGGAACCAGCAGGCAGUGCACCGACAGACCGCCAGAGAGGGAGGGAGAGAAGGGGAAAGUGACAGACCAAACUCCAGAGAAGAUCCCAGAGGGCAGUAGUAGCGGCACCGGCGGCGCCACAGCCCGAUCUCUGGACCUCCCAGUCUGCAGCACCAGGAUGGGCUGCACCACGGGCCACCUGGCCUGCCAGUCGCAGCCCCCAGCCACCUCAGGGCAGGAGGGACAGUCCUUGGAAGCUGGUGGCGCCAAGGUCCCGGAGGUGCUCUCCUCCCUAGAGCGUUUGUCCCAAGCCACCGGGGGCAUGGAGAAGUCCUGGUACCGCUGCAUCUUUCCUUUCGGCAUCAUCUCCCUGGUGAUUGGAGUAGCAGGAACCGGGGUGACCUACACCUACAAUGACCUGCCACAGACCAAAGUGGUGUCUGUCGUGCUACUUAUCGUGGGUCUAGUGCUGGUGCUGACAGCUAGUGUGUGCUGGACCGUCCACAAGAAGAAGAAGAGGAAAAAGAAAGAGGGAGGCUCCUUUACUUCUGAACAGUGCCCCCUGUGAUGAACUAUGGAAGUUUGGGGAAAGGACUUAAGAGGAGAGAGAGAAAGAGAGAGAGAGAAGAGAGCUAGAGGCCAGGGCCGGGAGCUUUGGGGCUAUUGAGGAAAUGCUGGCGCUCCCACCUCGCUAGUCUUCAUGGUGGACCUUGUGCCCAGCUGAUACCGGAUGGAACUUGGAAUUGCAGCAAAAGAGAGGCAAAGAGACAGCCAGAUGGAGAGGAUAUGUGUUUGUUUGUGUGUAUGUGUAUAUAUAUGGAGUGUGUGUGUGUGGGGGGGGGGGCUACAGAGUUGGGAGCAUUUUAGGAUCGGGAGAUGGAGGGAUCAGCGCCACCUCUCACGCUCCUUUAUCAUCAGACAGCUGGUGUCCGGUGUCAAAACAACCUCCGAGGAGACAUGUACACAAACACGCAAAACGCACACACACACACACGCACAGAUGUACAAACACACGACUGCGCGGUCCGCUCGUAUAAUUGCACGAGCUCGCCCGGCGGGAGCUCACGCGGACAACUCCGACACAGUAUGCGGAGCUGCUGCCGGAGUCGGUGCUGGCGUCACCAGGAACGUCAGUCGCGGCAUUCCUCCUGCCGGGACAGGUGACCGCCCAAGAGGCCGGAAUUGGGCCAGGGAGGGCAACCCGACACCUGGUCGAAAGAGGAGUGCACCCGCGUCAGCAGCCCACGUCAUUCACUCGUCCUGUGACACCGCAGCAAUGUGUUGGGGCUUUUUUUACGCAAUGGGAGCGUGGAACCUGAGUCCAGCAGGAUCUUACUGGCAGCUGUGUGGACGAGGAGCUGGCUAGGGCAGAUGGUCUUCUGGGGAAUUGCAGUGUGUGUGUGUGUGUGUGUGUUUAUUAACGUAUGUGUUGGUAUCGCAGAGAAAUUCUGAUGACCUGAAAGUCUGCUGGAUGUAGCGUUCAUUUACGAGGAGCACACAUACAGCCACAAGUCCACGUCUCUGUGCGGCCCCAUGGCCAAGGCGGAGAACUCUCCAGAAAAGCAAAGCAGUGAGGAAACAAGACUCUUCACAUGUCAUGGGGCCUUUUGUUGGUCUUGCUCCACAAAAUAAAAGCAGAGGGUCUGACUGACUUGGCUCUGCAUAGUGUAUAUGCGGGGAACCUCUCGAGGCAGGGCAGGCCAGGAUUCCUGAAGGACACUGCCUAAGGAUACAUGCCACUGCAGGGACACUUUGACUGAGCCUGCUCCCCGGGAGCCCCUCCUGUUCGGUGCCUCAAGCUAGCACUAUUGGAAAAAGGCUCUACCGCGUUGCCCCGUUUCCAUCUGCGCUCCGGAGAAUUCCCCCCCCCUCUCUCUCCCUCUUCUUUUUACCCCAACAGGACCCCCCACCACCACCACCAUUUAUACACCCACCCACCCCUCCUUCCCCAUCGCUCCACAAGCCCCCCCCCCCGGCUUUCUCUUCCGAUCUCGCUCUCAGCCCCAUCAUGACAGCCACGGAGCAGCUGUGUGCCGCAGCACGACACCCCCAUUAAGACUCACACGUACAACUUAGCACCGAGCCCCAACUGGACACGGCCAUUUUCCUCCCCCCUUUUCUGCCUCUUUGUGCUGUAGAUUCAGAUUCUCUCGCCUUGACAGAGGAAUGAGCAUUGGCACCGAGGGACUGGCAAAUCCACUCCGUCACUGUGACGACACUGUAGGCACUGGACUCAGUCUCUGGUGUAUAUUGAUGAGUGUGUGUGCGUGUGUGUGUGUGCGUGUGUGUGCGUGUGUGCUGGGGAUUCCCUCUCUUAAGCCGCUGUGCUUUGUUGGGGGGGCGGGGGGUCUGGAAUGUGACUGCGUUUAUGAAUCGGUGCUGGUCGAUUGUGUGGCGGUCUCACGGGAUGUAGACCCGCAGCGCGUCCGUUUACUCGCGUCUAGAACAUUCUCCUGCUUUUCGCCCGAACGUAACAAAAGGCGGAGGGGACGAGGAGGGGACGAGGAGGAGGGGGGGGAGAGCGCACGACGUGUUCACCAAGCAGCGCAGGAAAGAAAAAAGAAAAGGGGUCCGUCCUCUCCGCGUCCCCUCUGCAAAGCUAUGCGCGGAGGGGAGAGCCGUAUCGAUCUCGUUCGAGACCAGGGACACUUGCGUGCGUGUAAAGCGUGUCUGUGCAUAAAGAGGGCGGCGGGGGGGGGGCGGCUGCUGACGAACCGCCCAAGACCCGUUCGUGGGUCCGGCUCGCUCGCCAGUGCCGUGCACGCACGAUCUGUCACGCCAAGUCGCAGCCCAAUUGUGUCGGCGGAUGCCCCAUUGUGCCGUUAGCCGCCGGCCAACAGUUCACACACUUGAUGGGGAGGGAAUCGACGAGAAAGAGGAAAGGGUGGAGGAGAGCAACGAGAGCCUGGGAAGCCGUGCCCUUCAGCUCGUGUUCAGCAGAGGGGAGACGAAACUCGCGCUAGAUUCGGAUCUGCUCGCCGGGAAGCGACGCGAUCAUUCUUCAGGGGAAGCGGCGGAUGAAGCGGAGGAAGCUGCGGUGACGUCACGCGUGGACAGAAAGUUUUGCUCCAUCUGCCUUUUAUCUUUUCUUGUUUUUGUUCUAUGACGCCGGCAGAAGCCAGGGCACCGGGCCACCGAGUAGGAGCCCUCUCUUCUAUCCUCC